AUGAUAUUCAAGAGAUUGUUUUCAGUUACAAGAUCAUUGAGGGAUAGUUUGGUCUUGAUUGAAGGCUCCAAAGGUCAAAUCAAUCCGGCAUCCUUGUCCACUGUUUUUGCUGCUGCCCAGAUUGGUGAGCCGAUAACGGCAUUGGUUGUUGAUCCAAGUAUAGCUGAUGGGGCGGCCAAAGUUGAGGGUGUUACCAAGGUCCUCAAAACUGGAAAAACAUACAAUCACUACUUGUCAGAACAAGUGAGCCCCUUGUUGAAACAAUUGAUUGAUGGAAAGUUCACCCACUUUUUAAUUUCCGGAUCCUCUAUUGGAAAGUCGAUUUUACCAAGAUUGGGAGCUUUGCUAGACGUACAACCGUUGAGCGACAUUACAAAGGUGAUUGAUGGAAAGACAUUCGUACGUCCCAUUUAUGCCGGGAAUGCGUUGGCUACUGUCAAGUCAAAAGACAAUGUGGUUCUUGCAUCUGUCAGAGCUUCUGCUUUUCCACCAGCAAAGGAACAAGAGGCAGCACCAAUUGAGGAGGUAACUGCACAAGCUGAAUCAGAUAAUAGUGCUGAAUUUGUUUCUGAAGAAUUAGUUACAUCCGAAAGACCAGAAUUGGGUUCCGCCACUCGUGUGGUUGCAGGAGGUCGUGGGCUAAAGAGUAAAGAGACAUUUGAUGCAUUGAUUGAUCCUUUGGCUCAAAAAUUAAAUGCCGCAAUUGGUGCAUCUAGAGCAGCUGUUGAUUCAGGUUUCUGUGACAACUCGUUGCAAGUUGGUCAAACUGGUAAAAUUGUUGCACCUGAUUUGUACUUUGCAAUCGGUAUCUCGGGUGCUAUACAGCAUUUAGCCGGUAUGAAGGAUGCUAAGGUGAUUGUUGCUAUAAACAAAGAUGCAGAAGCACCAAUUUUCAAUGUGGCCGAUAUCGGCCUUGUUGGUGACCUUGAGGCUAUUGUGCCAGAGUUGACUGAGAAGAUCUAG